AUGGGGAGAGAUGGCCGCUUGAGGACCGUCCGAAUCCUGUUUGACUUCCUCUCCAACCUUGGACUACAGAAUUAUGAUACAAACAAAUUGACCCUUGAGCCUCUGUUGGAAGUCAACAUAAGAAGCCUAUCCGAAAAGGCCGUUUUAUCAGAGGAUGAAAUACCAUUUGAUUUCCUAAGCAAACUGUUCAAACUCAAUCCUGAGUGCAGAAAAUGUACAAAGGGGCUAAGUAAUCAUGGAACGACCGAAGCCACUCUUGACCAACUGGACAUUUACACUGCACCUGACUCAGUUCAUCCUCUUGACCUUAUAGUAGGUCUAUUUCUUUGCGCUGACACCUUCUUGCGACAGGAAAUGGCUCUUAAGAUGUCAUCAUGUCAGUUUUCUGUCCCACUGUUGUUGCCCCACUGCAACAACAAUCAAUCUACUCUGAUGUUAUGGACACUAAGAGAAAUUGUAAAAGAGUGGUGUCCACAUGAGUUGUCUCAGACAAGAGGAUUUGCGGAAAACAACAUUGUCCAAGAAGCGAUGCCAUUUUUUUCCUUUGUGAGGCUGAAAAACUGCAGUUUAUCCAAAUCUCAGUUCUUAAAUCACAUUCUCGGCAGUGGCCAACAGAAUCACAACAUGUUCAUACACAGAGACAUGGAAGGAGGGGCACAGAGAAGAAAAAUUGCAAAUACAUUGGUGGAGGUUGGCUGGUUCCUUCCUUGUGGGAGAGAAAAUAUUGACAUAUUCCCAGAGCCGAUUGCAUUCGCAAAUUUGAGAGGUGAUAUUUGUGAGUCGCUCACACAGUUUAGCUUCCUUUAUGAAGUGUCCAAUGCAAUCUUUGUUUUCUUGGACAAAGUUGAAGAAAAGGAGCAUCAAAUUCUGACAGCUCUUAAAGAUGCAAAAUCAAAACUCCAUUUUGUUGUUAAUCUCAAAGACAGAGCCUCUGCGGACAUAACGUCUGUCAAAAACACAGUGCAAGAACUGGCUUUACCAAACAGCAGCAUUAAAAUCAAAGACUCCAGGGAAAAUAUAGCUGAGUUUUCUCAGAAACUUUGUGCAACCAUCAAGAACUCACUGCACGAUGUGAAAAAAAAAUUGAGUAUUGAAAAUAUGUGCACAAAAGCAAUCGAACUAGGGCUGUCAGUGGAUGAAAACAUAACUCUUAACCAGAAAAGACCUGCUGAACAUAUCAUGAAGAGUAUUCGCGCACAACCUAUACAAGUUUGCAAAAAACAACAACUUCCUUUGCAGGGAGAAACUUGGAAGAAGUUAUCACAACUGGAGAAGAAGGAAUGUAGAAUGAAAGAUGUUGGCACAGGUGGCGGCGAGCAUUACAAAUCUCAGCUACAGAUAGAGAGAAAAAAGCUUUGGGAAGAGCAAAACAAGAAAAAACGGUCAAAAGGAAUGCAAGAUUUUAUUGACACCUUAGCAAAAAGCGACAAAGAAGGAAGACACUACUUCUUAAAAUGGAUGAAAUUUAUGUUAAAUACUCACUCUCGUGACACACUUACUGCGCUGCAAAACCAGUUCAAAGAGCAAUGCAAAAAUAAGGCUGUCCAACUAGAUUUGUUGGAAAGCUCUUUAGGAGUUGAGCAUUACAUGAGAGAAAUGGGACUUAACUAUGAGGUUUCCAAGCAGUUAGAUGAAGGUGACGAUACAUUGUCCUAUUUGCCUUCUGUAGCUGCUGAAAUGCUGCUUGAUGGAUAUCCAUUGGAGCUUUUGGAUGGAGAUGCUUCAAACAUCCCAGAGAAGUGGGUGACAGCCGUUUUAAUGGAGCUUCACAAGAAGGUCGGUGGCAAAAGCAGGCUGCUUGCGAUAUCUGUGUUGGGUGUUCAAAGUUCUGGAAAAUCAACACUUCUCAACACCAUGUUUGGUGUUCAGUUUCCAGUCAGCAGUGGCAGAUGCACAAGAGGCGCCUACAUGUUAUUCCUCAAAGUUGGAGAUGAUACCAAAGAGAAAUUGGGUUGCGACUUCAUUCUCCUCAUUGAUACUGAAGGUCUGAAAUCCCCUAAACUUGCACAACUAGAAGAUAGUUACGAGCAUGACAACCAGCUGGCGACCUUCGUCAUCGGAUUAAGUGAUGUCACCAUUGUAAACAUUGCAAUGGAGAAUGCAACGGAAAUGAAAGAUGUCCUGCAGAUUGCUGUCCAUGCUUUCUUGCGAAUGAAACAAAUUGGGAAAAAAACAGUUUGUCAUUUUGUCCACCAAAAUGUUGCUGGAGUGUCUUCUCAUGACAAGACCUUGACAGAGAGACGCCAUCUAUUGGAUCAGCUCAAUGAAAUGACAAAAAUUGCAGCUGAAAUGGAGAAACAGUCUACAAUUCAAGCAUUUACGGAUGUGCUCGACUAUGACUUAGAAAACAACAACUGGAACAUUCCAGGACUUUGGCAUGGAACGCCUCCAAUGGCACCAGUCAACACCGGUUACAGUGAGGCUGUAGCAGACUUCAAGAAAAAUCUUCUGGAGACCUUGGGAAAAGAAAAGCGAAAUGGCGUCGGAAAUAUCCCAGAUUUUCUUGAAUGGAUGCGUAGUGUGUGGAAAUCAGUCAAAUAUGAGAAUUUCAUCUUUAGUUUCAGAAACACACUAGUGGCCCAUGCUUAUGACAACUUGUGUAAAGAGUUUAGCCAGUGGAGAUGGGAGAUGCGCAAAGAAAUCCUCAACUAUCAGAGAGGAGCAGAGUCAGAAAUCUUAAAUGCUAACAAUGACGCUGAAUUGGACACAAUGAUCGAGAAGAAGAAAUCAGAACUAACUGAGGAAAUUAAAAAGCAGAAAAGCAAAUUGAAUGAGAAGCUGACAAACUAUUACAGAAGGACAGACAUACAUGUCAAUUUGAUUGAAAAAUACAGAGGUGACUUUUUCAGUACUAUCAGCAGUCUGUCAAAUGAGAUUCAAUCUUCAGUGAAAACUGAAUUGGACAGAACCCUUGAACGCAAAAUUGGCUUGCAAAAGGCGCAGGAUAUACAACAGAAUCACCGUGGUAUGAUUGAAAAAAGAGUCAUGAAACUUCUUCAUAACUUUAAAGACUUGAGCCUGUCUGAUGACCAACUGAGAAAGGAGUUUGAGAAAAUGUGGAAUGCAGCUACUGCCAAUAUACCCAGUCUGAAAGAACAAGAUAUACCUUCAAAAAUUUUGAGCCAACUAAUGGAAAAUUUCUUGAAUCGCAGCGUGAAUGAAAAUUUAGCCUAUAAUAAAAGCCUAACGGAUUUUGGAAUGGGACCAUUUGAGACCAGAAUGGAACAUCGAUCCAUACUUAAGAUAAUUAAGAAAUACUUCACAGGAAAAACAGACAUUUUUGCAAACGGUAUCAUCGAAUCAUCCACCCAAUAUGUUUUUGAUACAUGUAAGUCACAUGGUGACUACCAUGAUUCUUUCACAAGGAAUCUGCUACACAUGAUUGAUAAUAAGCUGAGUGAAGGUUCCAAGCGUCAUCAAACCACAAGUAAGUUUGAGAUCGACAUCAAACUUCAUAUUUGUGGCAUUGCUGCUAGAGAAUUCCUGAAGAUGCACCAAAGGUUCUUGUCAAAGAAUGACCCUCGAAAACAACUUGAAAUGUACAAGCAACAGUACUUGUCAGACUUUCUGGAUUUAUACAAGGAGACCGAUAAUUGCCAACGUAAAGCAAAGGCUUUUGUCCACCUUUGUAUCAAGCCAGCCAUUGUUGAUUACAUCAACGGAGCUUUGGGAAUUGACAUUGUGGACUACAUAUUGAAUAGCAGCCAUUCAAUAAAGUACAGUUCACGCUCUUAUUUCCAAUACAACAUUCAGAAAGAGUUAUUGGAGAAAGAUGACUUCGAGACUUUUGUCAAGUACAUUUUGUACUAUGAAACAUAUGUUAAACAUCAGAUUUUUCUUCAAAUCUGUCAAAAAAUGGACUUGGAAAACACGUUGUUCCAAUUAAAGAAGAAAAACUUGGAGGCUGUAAUUUCUAAAUUAAUCAAAGCAAUAAAUGAGGCCUCAAAUAAGGUACCAGAUGAAGAUGUGAACAUUUCAAAUCUCGUCAAUGAAAUGCGCCAAUCUCUGGUUAAAGACAUUGUAAUAUCAGAAGAAGCUCAAAAGAGCACUCUGUUUGAGAUCAAAAGCACAUGCCAUUCAUUUACACGAAGCUUCACUGAGUCUUUGAGUGAAUUGAAAGAAACACUCCUUGAUAAAUUCCUCGAAACUAAAGAUGUAACUGAAACUCUCGAGCAACUCACAAUAAAACCGCAGGAUGAGCUUUUCAAGCGAGUAGUCGGAUGUGGACACCAGUGCCCGUUUUGUGCCGUUCCUUGUGAAGCGGGUAGCGCAACACAUGAGAAACAUCAUGCAGCUGUGCAUCGACCACAGGCACUUAGAAGCUGCAGGAACACGAAAACUCAGAUACUUGUUGAAAAUUUGUGUACGACAGAUGUGCAGAGUGAUUGCUGCUUUCAAAAUGAAGACACAGAUGGAAAGUAUGUUCCUUACCGGGACUACCAUAUCCACUAUCCAAACUGGCAUAUUCCCCCAGACCCUUCAAUGGAAGCGUCCGAUUACUGGAAAUACGUACUGGUGCGCUACAAUGACCAAUUUGCAAAAAAGUAUGAUGCCAAGCCAGCCAAUGUUCCAGAGCCCUGGAAGAAAAUCACAAAGGAUCAAGCGCUGAAGGGUUUGAAGGAUGCUUUUAAUGUAAAAUAA